AUGGUUAUAGUAUCUCAAAUACCACGGGGACAAGAAAUUACGACGGCUAUUAUAAAUGACUUUAUAAGAGGGGAAAUAAUACAUGUAUUACUUAUUGGAACUCCAAGGAUUGAGCUUAUUGAGAUAA